CGGUCUGUCACUCCUGGAGUAUUCCUAAAUCGCUCCCACCACCUGAAUCUGGGACACAUUUUGUCAGCAGCCCCGAAGCAUGGCUCCCUCUGUGGUAACUGAACAGCCAGUGUAAUUUGACACUUCAACUUGCUGUGGCUCUGUACGGUAGUUGUUUCAGUCACUCAUACACACCAACGGUACAGUGGGCGCUAUUUUCUUGUAUUUUAAAGUGAAAAGGAACGCAGUAUACACGAGAUUCGGGAAAACAAAGUGGAUUUCUUCUUCUAGCCGAGGUUCCAAGCUAAAAGUCCGGUGUACGGUGAAGACCAGUGAGGACCGCUCCUGAAGGAUAUACAUGAAGGGAGGGGUGGGGGUGAGGGGGGCUUGUGACAUCACUCCCAGCCCAGGUCAGAGUCCACACAGGCGUGUUCUAUGAUUGAUGAGGAGGUAGCGAAGGCUUUGGUUAAUAGGAAACACAGGAACCUCCCUCUCCACUGAGUGUUGAUGGCGUCACGUUAGGCUAGAGGAAGCAGGAAGCAGUCAUCAAGAUGAACGCGUUGCCGUCGAUGGACCGGCACAUCCAGCAGACCAACGACAGGCUGCUGUGUAUCAAACAGCACCUACAGAACCCGGCUAACUUCCACACAGCAGCAACAGAGCUGCUGGACUGGUGCGGAGAUCCCCGAGCCUUUCAGAGACCCUUUGAACAAAGCCUCAUGGGAUGCCUAACGGUGGUGAGUCGUGUGGCAGCCCAACAAGGCUUUGACCUGGACCUAGGCUACAGGCUGCUGGCUGUGUGUGCUGCUAACAGAGACAAGUUCACGCCCAAGUCUGCAGAAACCAACACCUGCAGGAGAUGUCAGAGUGACUCAGCCCUGCUGUCAUCGUGGUGCGAGGAGCUGGGUCGCCUCCUGCUGUUGCGUCACCAGAAGAGCAGACAGAACGAGUCCCCUCAGGGCAAAGUCCCCAUGCAGCCCAGCAUAAACACCAUGAAACCCCCUGGAGGACUCUCACAUGGUGAUGGGUCAUUUGCCUACGACUCAGUUCCAUGGCAACAGAACACCAACCAGCCCCCGGGGUCAUUGUCUGUUGUUACCACCGUGUGGGGUGUGACCAACACGUCACAGAGUCAGGUCUUGGCCAACAGCUCCAGCCAUAUGAACCCAGGAGGUAACCCCAUGGGCCAGGGUAUGUCUGGGGGUCCGGCAGGCCUCAACUCCCCCCAGUUUCCCGGCCAGCAGCAGCAGUUCCCGGCCAAGGGAGGCCAGGGUCAGGGCUACAUGCAGCAGGGGAUGUAUGGCAGGCAAGGAUACCCCGGUGGAGGGGGCUACAGCGGGAGUUACCCAGGUGGUCCUAACACUCCCCCAGGGGGGAUGGGCAUGCCUCAACACUCCCGCCAGCCUGGCGACUUCACCCAACCAGCAGCUGCUGCUGCUGCCGCCGCUGUUGCCGCCGCCGCUGCUACGGCAACCGCCACAGCAACCGCUACCGUGGCAGCCAUGCAGCAGGAGACCCAGAACAAAGAGAUUAACCAGUAUGGACAGAUGUGUUCCUCCUUCCAGAUGGGCCCAGGCCAGGCCUACAACAACCAGUUCAUGAACCAGCCUGGCCCCAGAGGGCCCCCUGGAGGCAUGAACCCAGGCAGCAUGGGCCAGGCCAUGAACAACCCGAGCAUGGGUGGGCCUACCAUGGGCAUGAACCAAACUCAAGCCCCAGGCAUGGGGCCUUUCGGGGCCCAUGGUCAGAGGAUGCCCCAGCAGGGCUAUGGAGGACCUGGAGGCCCCAGACAGGCCAUGCCUAUGCAGGGCAUGAAGAGGCCCUAUCCUGGGGAGCCAAACUACGUGGGUCAGCAGUAUGGUCCUAACGGUCAGUUCCCUCCCCAGCAGAGUCAGUACCCCGCCUCUAACCCAUCCAGGCCGAUGCCCUCCCCAAACUACCCCGGCCAGAGGAUGCCCGGGGGGCAGGGGCAAGGCCAGUACCACCCGCAAGGCAUGCCCAUGGGACAGUACUAUAGGCAAGAGCCAUUCAACGGUCAGAACAGAGGUGGAUACUCUUAUAGCCAAGGCAACGGGGCCCCCAGGCCAGGUAACUACCCCCACUCCCCGGUGCCUGGUAACCCCACUCCUCCUAUGACCCCCGGAAGCAGUAUGCCCCCGUACCUCUCGCCCAACCAGGAUGUCAAGCCCCCGUUCCCACCUGACAUGAAACCAAAUAUGGCAGCGCUUCCACCUCCCAAUACAGUUAAACGGAAAGCUGACGUCCUAUCUUCCUGUCCUGUCUCUCCGCUCCCAUCAGCCAAUCCCAACGAGGAGCUGCGGUUGACCUUCCCGGUCCGGGACGGCGUGGUGUUGGAACCUUUCCGGUUGGAACACAACCUCGCCGUCAGUAAUCACGUCUACCACCUGCGACCGUCGGUACACCAGACCCUCAUGUGGAGGUCAGACCUGGAGCUGCAAUUCAAGUGUUACCACCAUGAGGACCGACAGAUGAACACCAACUGGCCCGCCUCCGUCCAGGUCAGUGUCAACGCCACACCGCUGACCAUCGAGCGGGGCGACAACAAGACGUCCCAUAAACCCUUGCACCUGAAGCAAGUGUGUCAGCCCGGCAGAAACACCAUCCAGAUCACCGUCACCGCGUGCUGUUGUUCGCACCUGUUUGUGCUGCAGCUGGUCCACAGGCCUUCAGUUCGCUCCGUCCUGCAAGGGCUCCUGAAGAAGAGACUCCUGCCUGCAGAACACUGCAUCACCAAGAUUAAGAGGAACUUCAGCAGCGUUGUGGCCUCGUCGGGUAACACCAGUCUAAAUGGGGAGGACGGAAUUGAGCAAACCGCCAUCAAAGUCUCCCUCAAAUGCCCAAUCACUUUCAGGCGCAUCCAGCUGCCUGCCAGGGGGCAUGACUGCAAACACGUACAGUGUUUUGAUCUGGAGUCGUAUCUGCAGCUGAACUGUGAGAGGGGGAUGUGGAGGUGUCCUGUAUGCAAUAAAACUGCCUUGUUAGAGGGUCUAGAGGUGGACCAGUACAUGUGGGGAAUCCUCAACGCCAUCCAGAAUUCGGAGUUUGAGGAGGUGAACAUUGACCCAUCGUGUAGCUGGCGGCCGGUGCCCAUCAAGUCUGACCUCCAUAUUAAAGAAGACCCUGAUGGACCGCUGGCCAAACGCUUCAAGACCAUGAGCCCCUCCCAGAUGACCAUGCCCAAUGUCAUGGAGAUGAUCGCCCAGCUGGGCCCUGGCCCCUCCCAUUACCCAUCAGGCCCUGCUCAGCACGGGGGCGUUGGCACCGGGGGCAACCCAGGGGAGUACGGUGGCCCGAGAGGCCCAGGCAACACUUACCACGGCCACGGGAACUUUGACUUCGCCCACGGUAACCCCUCGGGCGGGGGAGGUGGUGGAGGUGGACCGAGAGGAGGAGGAUCCCCCAUGAGUGACUUUAUCCACACCCCUCAGCUGUCCCACCCCCCAGACUUCCCCGGGGGUCUUCUAUCCCAGGACAAGCCCCUCAGCCACGGCAUCAACGGCCCUAUGUCUCAUCCUUCCAGCACUGAUCAGUCCCAUAAUUCCAUGCAACAGCAGAGCUUGCACGCGCCUCCACACCCCAACAGCCAGUUGAUACAUCAUGGUGGCAGCCAAUCAGGGCAGUCGUUACACCACAGCGGCCAAUCGUUGCUGCCCCCUCGCCAGCAGGCCCCGCCUCCCCAGCUGCAGCAAGGCCAGAACAGCCACCAGCACAGCGAUCUGAACUUUAACCCCUCCUCGGGCAUCGAAGGUCAAAUCAGUGGUGACAUGCCUGAGCCCUCCCUAGAUCUGCUUCCAGAGCUGGCCAACCCAGACGAGCUCCUGUCCUAUCUGGACCCCCCGGACCUCCCCUCCAACAGCAACGAUGACCUGCUCUCCCUCUUCGAGAACAAUUAACCUUUCGCCUCCCUCACCCCUCGAGCCAAACCCAAAUCUUCUCCACAGACACACACACACCACAGGCUGUGUCCAACCAGCUGGACUCUCCAUAGAGUCCUUAGACACACCAUCAUCCUCAUAUGGACUGGUAGUGGGGACACUUCCUGAGUGGACUUACCCAAUGUGUAGUGCACUUCAGACCCAGGGUUCAAAGUUCAAACCCCCAGUCAGGUCACACCUCCUACACACCCGGGUUCACACCCUGUCGGACACACACACACAUACUCACACACACACACACACAAUGUUUUGUCAAUUGUGGCAUAGACGUGUAGGUGGCAUGAAGUCAUCUGUCAGAACAUGAGAUGAUGAUGAGGAUGACAGUCUGGAUGUCAGGGAGUGGACACUGUGUGUGAAAGAGACAGGAAACAGGAAAUGCACUCAUGUCCUCACUUCCUCACACACACUCUUCCUCAUGUAAAGAAUCGCGGAGCUCGUCUGGCCGACAACACGGCGACAGCCAAUGUCGGCUGUCUUGUCCUUAAGUGAUAUUAUAUCGAAAGAAAACUGUGCAGCUAUUAAUCACGUUCUAUGCGUAUGACCUCACAGGCCGAACUCUCUGUGUGGGCUUUUAGGAAAAAGUGUUGUAGCAUUGUUUUAUCAUUCUUAUUUCCCCCAUUAUACAAAAACAAAGAAAAACAUACAAGAAGAGGAAAGAAAAGUCAUCUUUUUGUCCUGGCCAGUGUUUCUAUCAAUCCUAUUUUGAUGUGUGUUCUUCCAAGCCCUGAUCCCCUGAGACCACGACCUUUAACCCCUGACCUUUGACCUAAAUAAAGUGUGUUCUUAUAACCUCUGACCCUUAGCUCACAGUGUGUGUUUCCAUCGUGACAUCAGUCAGUCAGCACUGGGUCCGUUCCAUCCAUUCUACUGAAGCACAACAGACAGAGCCCCACAUCACAUCGCAGGCAGAGCACUGAGAGGAGAGACCAAGGCCUGUGGGGGCGGAUUGUAACCUUCUAGCUAGCCCAAACCAGUCUAUGGAAGAAUCAGCACUGUUAGCUCUUCUGUCUGUCCAUCGCCCCGUCCAAUGUUGUUCAACUUUCUCUUCCCUGAUAUUGCAGUACAAUGCCAUGUCGGGCUGUGGGCUAUGCAAAAAUGAGUUUUACCAAUACAUUUGUUUUGGGUUAGAAUGAUGGAGAAUUGUGUGCGUGUGGGAGAGUCGUGUGUGUGUGUGUGUGUGUGUGUGUGUGUGUGUGUGUGUGUGUGUGUGUGUGUGUGUGUGUGUGUGUGUGUGUGUGUGUGUGUGUGUGUGUGUGUGUGUGUGUGUGUGUGUGUGUGUGUGUGUGUGUGUGUGUGUGUGUGUGUGUGUGUGUGUGUGUGUGUGUGUGUGCAAGAGAAAAAGUGAGGAUGAGAUUGAUAGAAAAAGAGAAAAGAGAAGAGUCCCUGUUUAGUCUAUAAUAGACAGAAACAUCUAGUGUUGAAAAAGAUAUCCGACCCUUGUAAUAGAGCCAGAAUUAAAGUUAGCCUGUUUCUCCCUCUUUAAGGGGAGUCUUCCUCUGUUCUACAGGCCUACAAUUGCUCCUGUAACUAUACUGUACGGUUUGGCUCUACCAUGUGUUAAGAAGUGCAUGUGUGCCAAUGGCCUCUGUUCUAAAUUAGAGGGAAAGAAUAUUGUCUUUUUUAUUUUAUUGUCAUUGCAUUUUUUUUUAUCAUGAUUUUAUUUGACAUUUUCUUGCAAAGGAAUGAUUUUGGUUAAUGGUAAUGUAUUGUCCAACUUUUUUAUUUUCAUGUUUGUUCCACUUUGACUGUUCAUUGGAAAAUUGCCAUGUGUGAUACAUCACCAAAGUUAUCCCACAGUUUGUAGGAGUUGGCCUGGACAUUACUAUAAUGUAAGAAUGAUGCCCUUCUCUGCUUUAAGCAUACUCCUAGGGAGCCCAUCAAAAAUGAUUCUGAAUAAAUGUGUGGUUGCACUGCAUUUUCUGUGUCUUGUUACUGUUAAACUGUAUUUUGUCAUCUUAAAAAAAAAGGAAAAGCACACAUGAUCCCACAAUGGUUUAUAAAGACAAUAAUUUAAAAUGGUUGUCAUCCUGACAAUGUAUGCUUUAAAUAUAUUUGCUAAUGUAUUGAGGGAAAAGUGACUUUACCCCCAGUCUUGUUUUAAGUCAAAAGUCUAAUACCCUCUGGAAUUGAAUGUGAGUUCUUUGACAUUUUUGUGCUACCCUCUUUUGUACAACACAAGAUCAUCAUGUGUAUUAUUCUAUCCUCGUAGCGUUUUUGAUAUUGUUCUCCUAUUUUAAGUUAUUACUUUGUUUAUCUAUUAAGUGACUUUGUGAGAAUAAUCAUAAUUUGUUUUACAUCAGAUUAUGUAGCCUACUAAAUGAAAUGGAAGAUUUCUAGAUCAAUCCGUGGAUAUUGUUAGGACUUAGGAAUGAUCCCCAAUGCUGAUUGAAUCACCUGAACACAACUGAUCCUUUGGUCUGUCUGUUUGUUGAAGACAAUGCACUGCCACAGCGAGGUAUUUUGACUCCCCUGCCCUGUCUGUCUGUAGAUCUGUGUAGACAUGAUGCUGAAGUCUGGUCUAUCAACGUUACUGUCUAUACGCCACAUAGAGGUUUGAGUCUUGUCCGAGGUUCAGGCUCCACACCCAACUGUAGCUGGACAGUCAAUGGACACAAGUGGAGUGUGUUAGAGGAUGCAAUGUAUUUUCAUGGAAAGAAAAUGGGAGAUGUUGUGAUCCUCCUGGCCCUCUCUACUCGGCCACUUAAAUGCAAGAGAAGAGAAAGAAACGGGUCUGGAGGGUCUAAGGAAUGCAUGUACAUUAUGUAAAUGACAAAUAGAGACACAUUAACUUACAAAAAUGUAGACAUUUUCCCCACGCAGGGGACAAUGAUACGCAUUGUGUAUUUAGAAUUUGUAAAGUUUGCAUCCUCCUGUCAGAAGAGACUGUUGAAUUGUGGGAAAAGGAGUCCGUGUUUGAGAUAGUCUGUACAGUCCUCUCUCCCCGACCACAUUUGUUCAUUUAUGUAAGAUACUUUAUUAUCUACUUCUCAAACACGGCCGUUGGAAAAGAAAAAAAAUACACAUUUGUUUCUCUUUGUGUAAAAUUCAACUUCUGUGUAUUUCUCUAUUACCUGUGUACUUUAUAAAGGUGCUACAACAAAAUAAUAAAGAUAAUUUUGAGGUACCAAUCGGGAUUUGUGGGAACCAUGAGUGGUUCCUAAAAAUUGUUGAUACAAAAUUUACAGUUUGUACAAUUUUGUCAAAUUUACAGUUUUUACACGAUUAGGCAAAAAAUAUUACUUCCGAGGUACAAUCUGAAGUGAUUGACACACCAGGUGGCAGUUGUCUUUUUUGUUUUGUACAUUCUGUGUACAGUCAUUUCAUAUACUAAACUGGUCAGAAAAAAAGAAUUGUGAUUUUUAGUCUUGCAAAACUGUAUGUAGUUAGAUGACGUGACAUCCUAAUAUUUAUCUAAUAAAUAUGUAUUCAAAUGAAA